AUGGUCUCAACCACAGCAUUCCUUUUGUUCUGCACUCUUUUUCAGUUGCUCAUUGCAGCAGACCCUCGUCACUGUGUCUUCCCAUUUAUUUACCGUGGGAAAUCCUAUUAUACUUGCACUGAAGUUGAUAGCCAGAACCAUCCAUGGUGUGCCACAACUGCAAACUAUGAUAAAUCUCCUCAAUGGAAAUAUUGUGCCAAAACAGAGUAUGGAGGCAAUUCAGGAGGAAAACCCUGUGUCUUCCCCUUUCUUUAUAUGAGUCAUGUUUACUACACCUGCGCAGGCAGACCUGACCAUAAAGGGCCAUUCUGGUGUUCUACAACUGGGAGCUAUGAUAAGGAUAAAAAAUGGAGCUACUGUGCUGAUAACAGACUUGAUGCAAAUUAUCCUACUAGUCCAUGCAUCUUUCCUUUUAUCUUUGAAAAUAAACUUUAUUCAACUUGUACAAUAGAUGGAAGAUCUGAUGGAAGGCUUUGGUGCUCUAUUUCAAGUAAUUUUGAUAUUGAGCCUAUAUGGGCAUACUGUGAGCCUUCACAUAAUUUUCUCUUCAUAUACAAGAACAAAUCCUAUUAUUCCUGCACCACAGAGGGAGAUUUAUACAAUCAGCUAUGGUGUGCCACAACCCCAAAUUAUGAUAAAGACAGCAGGUGGAAAUCAUGCUCCUUUCAAGAAUAUGGUGGGAACUCCAAUGGCCAGCCUUGUGUCUUCCCUUUCAACUACAAAGAAGAGGCGGUUACUACUUGCAUUGAUGAGGAUGAGAAGAAUGAGACGAAUGGGAGAUUUUGGUGUGCCACAACAGAGAAUUUUGAUGUGGACAUGAAAUGGACUUUCUGUGCUGAUACACGUUUAAACAAGAAAAAAGAAAAUGGACAAGACCAGUAA